CUCUCACUUCGCCGCCACUCCCAGUCUCUCUCUAUCUCUCCACUCCUUACAGCUAGAUUCUAGAAGCCAACAAAAACAGACGGGGGCAGAGCGUAAGGGGAGAAUCGUGCUCCGGGAAAGCAAACCUCAGAGAAUCCACCUCUCCCCCACCCUCUCUCUCUCUCUAGAUCUACGCAAGCCGCCUCGGUAUCCGCGAUCGCCACCGCCCGCGGCGGCUGAUGCGUCCGUGCUGCUGCGCGGAGGUGGCGCUGCGCUGUUAGCUGGCGCGAGAGUUCGUCCGGCCCCCGACCGAGUGAUGGGGGCGGCGGGGGGCGGCCGGUGCGUCCGCCUCGGGGCGGCGCCGGUCCUCGUCCUGCUGCUGAUCGCCGCUGCCACAUUGCCGCGGCUGGCGCGCGCGGUCACCGACGCCGGCGACGUUUCUGCUAUAAAUGGACUUUAUGUUGCACUUGGAUCACCAAAGCUGCCAGGAUGGUCUGCUAGUGCUGGAGAUCCCUGUGGUGAGAGCUGGCAGGGUGUCACAUGUACCGGCUCAAGUAUAACCUCAAUAGUUUUCAAUGCUGCAAAUCUGGGAGGACAGCUAGGCAGCCUGGGGAACUUCACUUCAAUAACUGAAAUAAAUCUUAGCAACAACAAUAUCGGUGGAACCAUACCAGAAGAUCUACCUGUCACACUGCAGAAUCUGUUUCUCUCAGAUAACCAACUAACUGGAAGCAUUCCAAUGUCAUUAUCAGAACUCCAUAGUCUAACAGCCAUGUCACUGAAUGAUAACCAUCUAGAUGGAAAGCUACCAGAUGCAUUUGAUUCCCUCACGGGACUUGUAAAUCUGGAUAUUUCUUCCAACAACUUCAGUGGUCCAUUACCACCUUCAUUGGGAAGCUUGACAUCACUGACUACAUUGCACAUGCAAGAUAAUCAACUAUCUGGUACCCUUAAUGUCUUGCAGGAUCUCCCCCUCAAAGACUUAAAUGUAGAGAAUAAUAUGUUUUCUGGACCAGUUCCUCCGAAGCUGCUGAACAUACCAAACUUCAAAAAUGAUGGGAAUCCUUUUAAUACCAGCAUAGCUCCCUCUACCUCACCCUCUUCAACACCUACAGGCUCUAGACCAACACAAACACCAUCGUCUUCUUCAUCCCCUUCAGGAUCUCCGCCACCAUCUAGUGCAGCAUCAAACUCUUCUAGUGGAUCUACUGCUCGAAAUAGCAACUCUCCAUCAUCCAAGAAGAACAAGUCUUCACCCCUCAGAACUGUUGGAUAUGUUCUUCUUGCUAUUGUACUAUUCAUAGUUCUAGUGCUGUUGGUAAUCUUUUGCCUGUCCAAGUAUCAAGAAAGACAGUCUAGACGUGAUUAUUCCACGUCUCAAUUAGGUAGGGUGCACCAGAGGGUUGAGGAGCCAAAAAGCAAGCAAGCUUCGGUGCAGUCUAAACAUGAAGCCAAAAAAGGUUCAUCUGAGGUUCCUGAAAGAAAGAAGCCCCGAGAAAUAAAUUUAGCUGUACCAGUUGCCAUUGAGAAGCCUCCUGAAAAGAGAAAAGAGCGUGUAAUUAAUUUGGAACGAACAGAAUCAGAGAUCUUUGCUGCAGCACCACCUCCACCUCCACCUCCGCCCCCACCACCACCGCCCCCAACACCGCCACCGCCACCUCCGCCUCCACGACUGCCAUCACCACCUCCUGUUGAAAAAGUAACUGUAAAUCCCAUUGUACUUCCAGAAAAAAGAGUUAGCACCCCGCCAAGGACUGGUCCCUCGACAUCUGCAACAUCCUUUUCGGUGGCAUCACUUCAGCAAUAUACAAAUAGUUUUCAAGAGCAAAAUUUGAUAAGGGAGAGUAGAUUGGGGAAAGUGUAUUUGGCAGAACUUCCUGAAGGCAAAUUACUGGAAGUUAUGAAGAUUGAUAAUGCUAAUGGAAGAAUACCAGUAGAUGACUUUCUAGAGUUGGUUGCUCGUAUAUCAGAUAUUAGACACCCUAACAUUCUUGAAUUAGUUGGAUAUUGUGCUGAAUAUGAACAGCGGUUACUCGUGUAUAACUACUUCAGUAGAAAAACAUUACAUGAUGUACUACAUGAAGGGGAGGAUCUAGAUGAACCAUUAUCCUGGAAUGCUCGCCUCCACAUUGUUCUUCAUGCAGCAAAAGCCUUAGAGUAUCUCCAUGACACCUGUGAACCUCCUGUAGUACACCAGAAUUUUGAACCAGCCAACGUGCUCCUCGACAAUAGAUGCUCAGUGCGUGUUGCUGAAUGUGGGCUGGCACAAUUGAUGGCGUCUGGUUCUGUUACACAGCUAUCAGGCCGUAUGAGAGCUCUACUCAAUUAUGAAGCACCUGAAAUCCAUGAAUCUGAGCCUUUUACUCGUCAAAGCGACGUAUAUAGUUUGGGUGUGGUGAUGCUAGAACUUCUUACUGGUCGUAAGCCAUAUGACAGUUCUCGUCCACGUGAUGAACAACAUCUUGUUCGAUGGGCUAAUUCUCAGCUUCAUGACAUGGAGUCCCUGUCAAAGAUGGUUGAUCCUUCUAUCCGAGGAGAGUGUUCUGUGAUACUGUUGUCACGUUUUGCAGACAUCAUCAGUCAGUGUAUUCAGCCGGGACCAGAAUUCAGGCCAGCAAUGUCUCAAAUCGUCCAAGACCUAGCUAGGAUUGUAGGUGCUAGUGGUGCGGUAUCAGAGUGACAGAUAAAGGGGGAACAGUAAACAUCUAGCUUGACUGUAUGCACUUGUGGAGACGCCAGAACGUUUGUUUCCUUUAUCUAAAAAAAAGGUAAAACAUCUAGCCUCAGUCGUGUGGCCAGUGAAGAUUCAUACAUCCUCAGCGCAGUGCCAGGGGCACUCUCAGUAUUUAUGUUGGACGAUAUUGCGGCUAGUGUACAUGCCAUUUUGGAGCCCCAUUUGCUUCUGGAAAGGUGUAGUGGUACUGUGGUAGUAUGGCACAACCAGUGAGAUAUGGCUUCUCAUUGUUGCUAGCAGAUAUUCCUGAGCUCCUCUAGACAUGAUAAUUUCACCUGCAGGCAGUGUAUCUCUUGUAACUAAUUCCAAUUUUUUAUUACUUUAUUAUUACAUUAUAGCUAGUUAUGUCAAAUAUGGUGCUUUUAGCUUGUCUUGAGACCUAUGUUUCUCCUGGGAAAAGAACUGGCUUGCUGAUUCUUUGCAGAGGCAAAGCAACCUUUUUCUGACCUGUACAUGAAGAUUCUCCUCCUUGAAGCGAAAGCACCUCUGCUAGGUAUGCGUGGUGUGCUUGGUUCCUGACUUUUCUUCGUGUGGUUUCUUCAAGAUGUAGAAUAAGUUAUGACAGUGUUCAACUAUGCUGAUUGGGGAUUAGAUAAACUUUUGUAUUGAUCCGUUCUUAACUGAUA